AUGGCAACAACAAAAGUAGCUGCCAGUCAGAAAAAGUUGGGCUUUGCAGAAAAUUUUGCUCUUAGUGGAGCAGCUGCCAUCAUUUCCAAGACUGCUGCGGCCCCAAUUGAGCGUGUGAAGCUUCUUGUUCAAAAUCAAGAUGAGAUGUUGAAGGCAGGUCGUCUUGACACUCCUUACAAGGGUGUCAUUGACUGCACAGCAAGGACAUACAGAGCAGAAGGUUUUUUGUCUUUCUGGAGAGGUGAGAGAGAACCUGCAGCCUUUCAUAGGAUGCCUAAUUUCAGUUUCUUUCAGAUAAACAUACCCUCUUAGCUGCAAAAUGUGAUAACUACAGCGCAGCUCAGAAAUUUGCGUGUACGUGUCUGUGUCUGAUUGUGCAUGCAUUUCUGACAUGACUGAUUAGUAUUUGUGAGUUAGCUUUUUGUCUACUUGUUAUUCUUAGCGGACUUCAAUUAAGUCAAUGGAUCUUAAACAAUGAAUUAAGAUGUGGGCAACUGAGGAACUGUAUACAAGUAAACAUAUGUUUAUCUACCUACAGCAUGACUCAAACAUUUGAACCAAAAAGGCCACUUCAUAGACGCCAAAUAAAUCUUGGGUUAUAAAGUUUUCAUAUCCGUUAUUAGUUCAAGCAUUUUGUUCUUUAAAACUGAAAUCAUGCUUACUCAAAUACUGGAAUUUUCCAUAUCUUAGUUUGUAUGAAUGUGGUUUUUUUUUUUUCAGGUAACCUUGCAAAUUGCAUUCGUUACUUCCCAACUCAAGCCUUGAACUUUGCUUUCAAGGAUCAGAUAAAAGCACUUUUCAAACCUAAGAAAAGUGACAGCUAUACCGUCAAGUUCAGCAAGAACAUCGCAUCUGGUGGUGCUGCUGGUGCUAUGUCACUGCUAUUUGUAUACUCACUGGAUUACUGCCGAACAAGGCUGGCCAAUGAUGCAAAGGCAGGCUCCAAGGGUGGUGAAAGGCAGUUUAAUGGUAUUGUUGAUGUUUACCGUAAGACCCUCAAGUCAGAUGGUAUCGCUGGUCUUUACAGAGGCUUUGUGAUCUCUUGUGUUGGUAUCAUUGUAUACCGUGGUUUCUACUUUGGUCUAUACGAUACCCUGAAACCCAUGCUGCUUGGUGAGGAUGCUGGUCUGAUCAUCUCCUUCAUGCUGGGCUAUGGAGUAACAGUAUCAGCUGGUCUAGCCUCCUAUCCCAUUGACACCAUCCGUCGACGAAUGAUGAUGACAUCAGGAGAAGCUGUUAAGUACAAGGGCUCUAUCGACUGUACUGUCCAGAUCCUCAAGAAUGAAGGCUUCAUGUCUUUGAUGAAGGGAGCAGGAGCAAAUGUCCUGCGUGGUAUGGCUGGCGCUGGUGUGCUUGCUGGUUUUGAUAAGUUCAAGGAGCUUUAUGUCAGUUUCCGUUUCAAGGAUGAAUAA